AUUGUAAAACGCACCGGAAGUGGGUCCGGCGGCUUUCUUUCCGUCGCGGAGGGCAACGGCCGUAGACCAUUCCGGUGACCCUUGCGACGACUUCCCCACGGCUGCUGCGUCCGCGUGGCGGUGGCGUGGGGACGCUCUGAAAGCAGAGCGGCGGGGCGCCCGGAAGUCGUGAGUCGAGUCUUCCCGGGCUAAUCCAUGCCGGGUUGGAGGCUGCUGACCCAGGUCGGCGCCCAGGUGCUGGGUCGAGUCGGGGACGGCCUGGGUGCUGCCUUUGGCCCGGGGAACAGAACACACAUCUGGCUUUUUGUUAGAAGUAUUCAUGGAAAGAGUGGUACGUGGUGGGAUGAGCAUCUUUCUGAAGAAAAUGUCCCAUUCAUUAAGCAGUUGGUCUCUGAUGAAGAUAAAGUCCAAUUAGCAAGUAAACUAUGUCCUCUGAAAGAUGAACCAUGGCCUAUACAUCCUUGGGAACCAGGUUCCUUUAGAGUUGGCCUUAUUGCCUUGAAACUGGGCAUGAUGCCUUUAUGGACCAAGGAUGGUGAAAAGCACGUGGUCACAUUACUUCAGGUACAAGACUGCCAUGUCCUAAAGUAUACUUCAAAGGAAAACCAUAAUGGAAAAACGGCAGCCCUGUCUGUAGGAGGAAAAACUGUAUCACGUUUUCGUAAAGCUACACCCGUAUUGGAAUUUUACCGAGAACUUGGAUUGCCGCCAAAACAGACAGUUAAAAUCUUUAAUAUAACAGAUAAUGCUGCAAUUAAACCAGGCACUCCUCUUUAUGCUGCUCACUUUCGUCCAGGACAGUAUGUGGAUGUCACAGCCAAAACUAUUGGUAAAGGUUUUCAAGGAGUCAUGAAAAGAUGGGGAUUUAAAGGCCAGCCUGCUACGCAUGGUCAAACGAAAACCCACAGGAGACCUGGAGCUAUUUCAACUGGUGAUAUUGGCAGAGUCUGGCCUGGAACUAAAAUGCCUGGAAAAAUGGGAAACAUAUAUAGGACAGCGUUUGGACUGAAAGUGUGGAGAAUAAACACAAAGCACAACAUAAUCUAUGUAAAUGGCUCUGUACCUGGACAUAAAAAUUGCUUAGUAAAGGUCAGAGAUUCUAAACUACCUGCAUAUAAGGAUCUUGGUAAAAAUCUACCAUUCCCUACAUAUUUUCCUGAUGGAGAUGAAGAGGAACUGCCGGAAGAUUUGUAUGAUGAAAAUGUGUGUCAGCCUGGUGCACCUUCUAUUACAUUUGCCUAACAUCUUUGGAUGUGGCAGAACCUUACACAUUCUGUGAGCUUUGAUGAGCCAGAGUGAUAUAAUCACCACCAGAAAUCAUAUUCUCCCUUCUUAGUCACAACAAAAUCAAACAUGUCGUCUUUGUCAAGGGCAUAAAUACAUCAUUCAUACACCCAUUAAAUUUUGUUGGAAAAUUUGCCACAUUAAACAUAUGAGUUAGGUAGAUUGGAUUUGCUGAAAUCGGUGUUUGACAUAUUGGUAAAAUAUUCAUAAUUUGUGGACUCGAUUCUUUUUUACUGCAUAUUUCCCAAGUUAUCUUAAGAUGUCUAUAAAUUUAACUUUUAUUAAAGUUUUGUCAAUCUUUGUGAAAUAGUGGUUGUGGAACAGUAGAAAACCAUAUGGGGACUAUGGUGCAACCUAUUUGGGUAAAGAAACCAUUUGCUAAAAUGGAGAAAGUAAAUAGAUUUUUAUUUAAAUUACAGAAACAUACAUGUUAAAGCCCAGUCAAAGGAAAAACAAUCAAAUCAUAAAUUAUGGGUCCUGUUUACAUUUUUGUUAGGAGAGGUGAUUACUUUUUAGUUUUAUCACUCAAUUAUAAGAUCAAUGUUGUUGUUGUUGUUUUGUUUGUUUUUUAGAAAGGGUUUUGCUCUGUUGCCCAGGCUGGAGUGAUCUUGGCUCACUGCAGCCACGACUUUGUGAUCUCAAGUGAUCCUUCCACCUCAGCCUCCCAAGUAGCUGGGACUAUAGGUGCCCACCACCAUGCCUGGCUAAUAUUUGUAAUUUUUUGUAAAAAUGGGGUCCCACUAUGUUGCCUAGGGUAGUCUUGAACUUCUGAGUUCAAGCUUUUAACCUUCCAUGGCCUCCCAAUUUGUUAGGAUUACAGGUGUGAGCCACUGCAUCCAGCCUACGUUUCAAAAAGAAUUUAUAAUGAUCAAAGAUUGUAUGUUCAGACUUUUAUUAAUCAUGUAUUAAUCAAAAUGC